AUGUCAGACGCACAUCUUCAACCCAAGCAGUCCAUCUUCUCCACCCUGAGUCUCCGCGCACGUAAAGCUCCCUCCGAGACACUCACUCAUCCCCUCCUAGCAGCCUCCUCUUCUCAGCUCAAUCUCACCGUCCCUGCCGACACCUCAGAGGCCGGUCCAUCUCAUCAUCACCUACCUCCUCCUUCUCACUCACGCGAAUCUAGCUUCCACAAAGGUGUCGGUCAAGUGGGUGGCCUGCCCUACAAACCUCGACAGAAACAUGCCGGUCAUCCUUCCACCGGUAGCUACGAUUCGGUCUUCGGCAUCAAUACAUCACCAAGUACCGGACCAUCUAUACCUACCGUAUCUGUUCCAAUGUCACCAUCAUCAGUGGCGGCCGCACCUACAACAUCUACUUCCACUUCCACCACUUUCGCGCUCCCACCUUCCGCCGCAGAGGACUUGACAGCAUCGACCGGAAGCAGUGGGACAGCCACCACACGACUGCAAUUACAAAGUCUCAAAGCCGCAGCACAGAGGAUAGGACUGGGGAAUGGAAGUAUGGGAAUAGCCAUGAUCGACACAAUAUUUGAAAAGGGUGGGACUGGACGACAAAAGGCUGGAGAAGGAGGUGACUGGGGUGAUGUGCUCAGGAUCCUCAACGACGGAAAGGCCUUUCUAUUGCUCCCGACGUCCUCGUCUUCAUCGCUGCCCAUCACUCCUCAGAUACUCAGAGAUCAUAUCAUCUAUCUCGGACCGAGCGUUUCACUGCCAUCAAGCGAAGGAGGAAAGGAAUCGACGACCACGUGUAACGUAAUAGUGACACUGUCAGGUCUCGUGGGUACGUUGCAUAAUAGCGAGCUGUCUUUCCAAUCCAUUGUUCCGAACGACUCACCACUUCUUCAGGCCUUGCGCGAUCCCAGCAGCCGUUCAGCGGCCAUCUCUGCACUGCGUCCGACCCUCUUUCCCCUUCCUCCUCCCACCUAUUUCCCUUCUUUCACACUAUCAACCGAUACAGCGUCUCUCGUCUUCCCUCCCCCUAGCAAGUCUGCCUCCUUGAUCACCGCGACGGAAAAGGAGAAAGACAAGACAACACCUGGCAAAAUAGGCCGGAUAAAUCCCUUCGCUUCGUUCUUUGGCUCCUCAUCUUCUUCGCCUACUCCUACUUCCUCGCCUUCCCUCGGCCAAGCCACAUCCCCUACCAAGCGUGAUGCUCCGACGCUGGAACGUCCCUUGUCUCCGUCCGGGUAUGCCCCGGAAGGUACCGCUUCACCUCUUCUCAACAGUCCUCGACCAUCUGUUCUGUCCAUCGACCAUCAUGAUGGCGCCUCCCUCCUCGCAGAUGUUACACAAGAUGGGUUCACAGUAUCUGCAUACACUGUGUCUCGAUCUAUUCGACAUUCAGAAGUUCACAAGACCCUCAGUAAGGCCCUCCGGGCAUAUGUGCGGGAGCACUUGGCCCGUCUGCCGGACAAGGUCGUUGAAAGGGUGGUCCGAUUGGUUCUUCCUGCUAUUUGUCCAACGUUGGGAAAUGCAACUGAGAAAGAAUCGGUCAAACCUCAUCCCGACGAAGGGAUGCUGCAGCUGGACUUCUGCGAUCCUGCGGCAUGCGGCGACAGGCUUCAAGACUUCAUGGAGGGGGUGUAUGACGAUCUGGUGGAUCAUUUUCGAUCCGAUUCUUCAUCGACCAUCGCCGAGGGUCUCCUGCGGAAAAGCAGCGGUGGGAUCCGAGGGAGAAGUGAUCUGGAAGAAGCUGAUGACGCCGCUGCGAGGGAGAAGAGACGGAAGGACAGAGAAGAGAUGGCUGAGCGACAAGCCAGUGAUGGAACAGAACGCGUGGAGGCAAUUGUCUGUCAACUUCUGUAUAACCGACUGUACUCGCCUCUUGAAUCUGAUGAUCCAAAACAUGAUGAAGCUCUGGCCUCACGGAUCGCGGCUCUGAACAUAUUGGAUCUUUCACUCGACCAUUUGGGCUUGAUCACUCGACCUGACGAGGAACUUGGUACGGCGACAGGAAAUGAUAGCAUUAUCACUACCGGUCUGAAUGAUAUCGCUCAAGAGGUCGGCGAACAAUUUCAGCACCUCACUUCGGUAGACUGCCUGUCACCAAAGGACAAAGCGGAUGUUCUCAUACGGGCUCACAAGCUGGUAGUGGAUGGAUUGGCAAAAUUGCCAACCAUAAAGCUGAGACCGGAAGGAGAGCCGUACAGGCCUACACCUCAACCGUCGUCCAGAGACAGACUACCAGAUGUAGAGUUGCCGGAAAUCCUGGAGCAGGGUGUGUAUAACGACGCCUCGAUGCACGAUGAUCCCACCUGGGAUCGUUCGACAGACUCUCAUGUACAAGCAGAUGAAACGGGAGAAGAGACUCCACAUGCUUUUCCGUCCAGUUCCAAUACAGCACCUCCUGUAUUAGACCUAUCUCCUCCGACAGAACCCAUGGAUUCUUCUCAACUUCAGGAAGCAAUGUCAUCAUCGGUCCUGACACUUCCUAUCGCCCCUCUCUCAUUGACCACUCCCGUUAUCGAACCGACCGACCUUCCCGAGCCCUCGACCACACCAAUGAUCCUCAUGACAGAUUCGUUUCCUGAUAAGCUCAACAAUGAGAAAUUGGAAACCUCGACACCUGGUACAUCUGGUGCUGAUCUCAUACUUCCAAUCAUCAUCUAUUCUGUCGUUCGUUCAAACCCACCUCAACUGGCCUCACAACUCAUGUACCUUCGAAGAUAUCGAUCUGCCAUUUGUUUAACUGGGGAAGCUUCUUACGCCGUUGUCAACCUCACUGCCGUUGUCGAAUUCCUCGAACAUGUCAAUCUGGUCGAUUUAGGAUUAGGAGAAGAUUCUGCCAAAGUCAUGUCAAUAGCUGAUUUAUCACCUAUCGGUCUUGCUUUAGUGGAUGAAUCAAACGAAGAUGCAAUUAGUAUAGCAUCUGCUUCUUCACGUCUUCGAGGAAAGGUGUUUCAAGUUGGUGAACUCGCAGGGAGUGCAGCGGGAAGUGCGAAUAAAGUUAUAACUGGAGUAGUUGAUUCUUCUUGGACAGCUUUACGUGGAUUAAUAGUUUCUAAUCAAUCUCAAGAAGGAUCAGAAACGACUUUAAUACCUGAUCGACCUCGAAUACGUCAAAGACAAGCUUCAACAUUUUCUUUAGCAAGUGUUACGGCUAGUGUAGCAAGUAUAGCCGCUGCUGCUGCAUCUACUGCGGCAGCUAGAUCACGUUCAAGAGCUAAUUCAAAAGCGACUCAAGUUUUACCAAUGGGUAGAGAAAUGAUUGAUGUUUCUUUCCCUUCUCGUAGAAUUGAAAAUGAGUCACAAGAUGGAUCAUCAGAAUCAGAAAUGGAAGAACAAUCAGUUCCUAUUUUAUUAGGAAGAUCUAGAGCUGGUAGUGAAGCUAGAAGUAUAAAGAGCGUUAGUUCAACUAUGAGGGAACAAAAGGAAAAGGAUAGAGAACGUCAACGUGAACGUGAAAGAAUUGAAAAAGAUAGAAUAUCAAAGGAAGAAAAAGAAAAAGAUAAAGAUAAAGAGAGACAAAUACGUGAUGAUAAAGAAGGUCAAAAAGAAGAAAGGGCAAGUUUAAGUGAUAGAUUAGCUUCUAUCGGUGUACUUGGGAAAUAUUCAAGUCCGACUCCUUCGAUAAAUAAUACUAAUUUGGAAAUCCCACCUAUACCUCCACCACAACCUAUCAAAAACCUUACGACUUCUCUCUCCGUUCAUACACCAGAUCCUAAAUCACCCACGGGAAGUACCUCUUCUCUCCCUUCUUUUCCUCCUUCGUUGAUAGACAUUGAACCACCUAUCGAAAGAUUCGUCACUUGCGAUCUGGCAGAUUUACGUUUAUCAGAUGUUGGUGCUUUAUUAAGAGAUUAUCGUAGAUUGGCAGGAAUCGUCACUGCUCUUCAAAUGGCUUCUCGAUCUCCUCAACAAUGAUAUCAUCACGAUGCAUAUUCUACCUAUC